AUGCGCUUCUCCCAGAUCCUCUGCAGCCUUGCCUUUGCAGGCUCCUCGGCCGCCAUUUGUCUCAGCCCCGAGCCCAGCCAGCGCAUCUGCUACAAUGACAACGGCGCCACGCCGCAGAACCUCAACAUGAAGGAGGUUGACUUCAUCGCCCGCUAUCUCCGCAGCUACCAGGCGCAAGCCCUCAAAGCCGGACGGUCCCCGUUCUGGAAGAUGAACGAGGCCGACGCCGACAACUGCGCCGAGUGGCAGGUCACGACCAAGGGCAAGACCUGGGCGCUCGCCAAGCUCGUCGGCGACGACUCGGCGGCUGUCACCUUCAACGACAUGGCCAACACCAUCGACCCCGGUGCCAAGGCAGCCGACGCGGACAAAGAAAAGGCCCUGGUCAAGUGCGGCACGGCCGGGGGCCAGAUGGGCGUCCUUGUCAACACCACCGAUCCGCUGUACCAGAGCAAGGAAUUUUUGGACGGCGGUUACACCAACCAAGGUCUGGUCAUUAAGCUUGUCCACAGUCCUUGA